AUGUCAGGACAAAUUGAUAACUCUACUCUGGGAUACAUCAUCAAUCAUGUCUUCCUCCCACCGAAGCUGCCCUGCAAGGCAGAUGUGGGUGUUGAACCAAAGAUUCAGAGCCUCCUAGGGCUGAUCAAGGAUUCUGCAAAAGCAUACCAGGGCGGUUUAACAGCAUCAAAAUCACAAUGGGAUUCAGGCAUAAAAAUGCUUUCAAUGAUGGAAGAAAUCCAGCCAAGAGGGUGCUUGUCCAGCCGGGGUUUGGAUAAGGCUAUAGAGAAUAUGCGCACAGGGGAUGUUUUAGCCCUGCACAUUCAAGCGCAAAAUGCGGGACUCAUUUUGCGUCAAACAGAAGAAGACAUCAUUUUCGAAGCGUUUGAAGCUUCUCCAAAAUCUGAAGAUGUUAUGAAGUGCCAGGGGAGACUACUGUGCUCCUUUCCUGGUCCCGCCGUUGCCGUAAGCAUUGAAAAGGCUAAGAGCGUUGAGUUUCGUUUAGAGCUUUCGUGCUUCCUCGAGAAAAUGAACGUCGAUGAACUUGAAGAUGCGAUGUCGACAUCCCGGAAGGGUGGCUCAGAUCACAUUGAAACUAGAGAAACUACCAAUCCAAGGUACAUAACAGAGCUUCUUAACGAAAUAUUGCUAGCUGUCGGGAAACCUGCAGAAGUCCACCGUAUCCAGAAAAGAAUUGCAGAUGAUGUCUUAUGGGAUGAUACGGAACUCCCUUGGAGAAGGUCUCCUUUGUGGCUUACUAUCAGAGUUGCCUUGCAAUCUACAGUUGACCGUCCCACUGAAAUUUCAGGAUACGUUCAAUACAAAGCGUUUAUGGUCUUCUUUAUGACGGAAAUUUUGGAGAUUGCGUUAGAUCGAAACCUACCAAGCGAUACUUUAUUCGUUAUGAAUGCAAAAUUGGGACGCCGUACAUUCAAGAUGGGCAAAAGGGGAGGGUUGCCAGCAUUUCUAUUGAAGAGGGUAUCUGAUCAGUUAAGUAAAGUUACCCAGGUCUUGGGGUGCAGGUGGAAACAAGUCAAUCAAGCUCAUUCAACACCUUUCAAAUGGACGCCUCAGGCUCUUUCUUCUGAUGACAAUAUGCAAUUAUCAUUGGUUCAAAGCGGGGCAUAUAUUGCAGCAGCAGUUUCUAGGAUACCGACUAUUGUGAAGUCAAAAGUAUAUGUACCGAAUGAGGAGAGACGUAUUGAUCCCAAAUCAAAAGAUAUUCCUCCAUUGCCGGUCAGAGAUAAGAGCGCAUCUGAACUUCAAAUUCUUUUUAUAGAUUUUGAACGCUGGGUUCGGGAGAGCCUCGAUAGCUGGGUUAUGAGGAAUCUACAAAACGAAGAGGCCUGUCGUAUACUAUGCUUAAGCAUCGAGGUGUACACGCUUCAUGGGAAACGGGCAUAUGUUUCUAAUCCAGAAAGCAUGUCAAUUCUCAUAUUAACUACGAUGGAACUAUGGGUUGCCCUUGACAAGAUCGCGGUGAACACGUGCUCACUCUUGUCAGAAUAUUUUUUCACAGAAUUUGCAAACCGCCCAUUCAACCAUCUUCUGCUCCCUAGGUAUCAUCAGUUAGAACGUUUACAUCGGAUUGAAAUAUACCUAAAAGAGCGCCGUGAAAAGGCCGAUCGAAAUGCGACAUGCAUAUUUUCUAAUAAAGCCGGUUCGAAAACCUUUGCUGUGCGCUACUAUCUCAACUCUCCGAAGCAUCAAUCGAUUCAUGAGAAAAUAGACUUGGAUGCAACUGCAGAGAGGGAAAAGAAAAUUGAGGAGUUCGAAGAGAAAAGACGACUUUACAACGAUGCAGUCGCUCGGGUGGCAGAGCGGCCAUGCGAUUAUAUUCACAGUGAUGGGGGAAGAAGGGCCCAUCAUGACCCAGAGUGUUAUAAAUGUAGAUGGAAAAAGUAUGCAAAUACUCUUAGCAUCCAAGUUCAUGAAUGGCCUCUACCAAGCGACCCAGAUUGUCUUGCAAUGGUUGUUUUUGAGCUCGAAUGCCCUAUUGGGUUUUGUGCUUGGAGAGAUGCCACUUACCUAGUCAUGGUUGACAUUCUCAGCCCCCCUUUAAUUUUGGAACACCCCGAUGCACGACCAUUUACGGAUCUCAACACUUAUUGUGGUCUACGACAAUAUUUUAAAUGCCGAAGCCAGCAACGACUCCGUUUUUCAUCAGUGACGAAGGCAACUACACAAUCACACUAUGCGAAGAUUUGCCUAACAAACAAUUCUAACUCUGUUUGUGUCAAUAAUGCUCUGAAAUAUGGGCUAUGGGAUAGCGUUGGAUUAAAUUGGGUAGAUGGCCGUGUGAGUGCUAAUAAGUGUGAUAUACAGAAUAUAUGCACCUUUAAGCUUCCCGAAGGCCCUUACCAAAAACUACAGUAUGCAAUCAAUUCCACGACGCACACUCCCAACGAGGUUAUUUCGAGACAACACGAAUGUCCGAAAGCACUCUCCUUCCAUGAAUAUAUAGCGUUUGGCUUCUUAAAGGCUGGACAUCGUCUUCAGUGGUUGAAUAUCGUUAGAGAGUUGAGAACUCGCACACUGACUUUUAGAAAUGAGGCUGUGAAUAUUCUCCUCAUGCAAGCUGCAUGGUAUACAGGACCUCCCAACACUGAAAGUCCUAGUGCAACCCGGGAGAGUUUUACAAUACUUGAAGACACUGCUUUUGGGCACAAUCUCCUCCAAGAACUUGGUAGUAUGCUUACCAGUAUCGAGGCCAAUUGGUUAGAGGGAGUUUCUGCAAAGUCAAUAAUAUGGUUAACUACUCGUCUUUUGACUGUAGCGAGUAGUUUGGAUAUUAGGAAUAGUGCAUUUUGCUUGUUGCGCCAGGCUCGUGCUGUGACCUUAAAGUGGACCCGUCAGUUGACCACCCAGAUACAGAAAUGCGAAAAGGAAGAUGAGCUGGAAGACCUGAAAAUUCGGGCACUACAAAUGGCUAUUAUAUGCCGAGCGACCUAUGAUGUUGAUCACUGUGAUUUUUGGCAUGUUCUUAGCACAGGAGCAGAUGUCGCAACUUUGGUCGAAUGCGCUAUCAUCAUUCACAAUAACACUCCUCCAAAGAUGGAUCAUCUCUCUCCCCAAACUCACUUUCUCCUGGAUAGAGACCGAAGAUUAUCUGCCAUACUUAAGGAGCAUCUUGAACGGUUAAUAUUUUCAAGCAAUGAUGGUCUCAAUAGAUGUAUUUUGAGGAUGUGGUCAGCGUAUAAACAAGGGUCACUCUGGAGUAUGUCCAACAGCAGAUGGAUAAAAACAAACACUGCUGCAAUAUCUGGAAAUGCUUCACAGGAAGUACAAUACAACUUGCUUAGCGGUCAGCUACUUGUCGAUGGGUUGCCGCUUGCCAGAAUGGGGACAGACUAUAUUUUACACCCCACCUAUACACGGUUGUUUUUGGAGAAAGUUCUUGACGUUUUCCCGUCAAAUCUCCCAGGGAUGCAGUUCCAGGCCCGGCACCAAGUCUUCGGACAUCAGGUACAUUUCGGGAUGCAAGGGGAUGAACUUCUCAUAAAAGCUCAGAUUGAUGGGAAUGAAUAUGAGCUUGUACCCCAUACAAAAUUACAAGGCGAUUUUCCAGUACACUUUACCAAAAACUACUUUCAUUGGCUGGAAAUCAAGACACGAGUUCUCGAGUUCAGGCCUAAAUCCGACCCGUGGAAAUCAUCAGCCACGAAUUGGCGCUUAAGCUACUUGGGAUUGGCCUCUAGAAUGGUGCUGCGGAAUGAGUGUAUGAUGGACAUUCGGAAAGCUUCAUUCUCAAUGAUCGCCUCAGUAUUAGUCUUAAUUCAUCUACCUCGACUAAAAAUGGAUUUUUUUAUAAACGAGAAAGGAGAGAUUGAGUGCCGACAAUUCAGGGGUAUGGUUGUUGAUUUUAAUCAAGAUAUUGGAACAUUCACUGGCCUUGUGAAUAGGCUUGUCAUGCGUCAGAAGUCGGUACGCAGCGUCAUAAUUCCUUAUGGAGAUGUUAGGUAUAAAACAGAAAGAAGUCAUGUUAUCGUUGAGAUAGAGACAGAUAUAGACGGGUUGGAUAGAGUUCCCUAUCUUCACUACACGGUCGACACGAGACUCGGGCGACUCGUGGGAAAUGACAGCCUAACUAGCCAUCUCUUUAAAACAUACCUUCACGCCUUGACUACACACUGUCUACCAGAUGAGCUUACCCGACGUACAGGCACUGAGGAGGCGCUAGCAAAUCUCAAAUCAGCGACCACCUGGUCCUUUCAAAAGCUGGGGGAUGUAGAGAUCAAACUUCUAACGCUAAUAAUGUCACUCACCCCGUCUCGCGAUUAUUAUCCAAAACAUAAGAGGGUUAUGCAGACGAUAAAAUGGAAGCGUCUUCCGUACCUGACACAGCACGAGGACUUCGAAUUGCUUGUUACCUCAAUUUUCAAAUACGCAUGCCGUUUCCAUAUGCUCAGAGUUGAUGAUAAAACGUUAGAUCUGGAGGACCUUCUAUCCAACGCUAGCGACCAUCUGUUAAGGAGAGCGGCCAUUCGCAACGCUACAAUCCGAAGGGACGAAUUUGGGGGCGCAAAUUAUACCGAACUUAACGAUUCGGUCUACUCUUCACGGGAUUUUAUUCCUCAAAACAGCAAACUAAAGAAUGAUAUCUGGGAUAUUGCAAGAUCUAUCGAAAAAUGGUCCACAAAUCUAGCAACACACCAUAAUUUAAAAGGCCUACUCAAGCGCUGGGAAUUGAUUUGCGGGUCUUCCACUAGAGUUACAGUGCUUCAAUAUAAUCGCAGUGUUCUGGACCUAACCCUCGAUUCUUGGGUUGAUCUAUACAACACUCUUCGAGUCACUACCAUGCAGAGUAAAUAUCGGUUGAUGUUUACAUUAUGCACAAUGGCGUAUUCAGGGAAACAAGAUAUGUCAAUCAUUGGCACGCUGCUCGCAUUCGCAAUAAAUGAAAAUUUUUCACGUAUAAGCCCACCACCGUACUUAUCCUAUAACUUACAUGAUGGGGAAAUACCCCAAUUGGAUAUACGAUUAGCGGAGACGCAUGCGAUUCCAUUUGAGUCUAGUCCGGAGGCCCGUCUUCCAAAGCAGCACGGGGAAAGCGCUACAUUACUACAACAGCGCCGAAGAGAUACUUACGAAAACAAUUUAAAGUCUCAGGCAGAGGUUUUGUUUUCAUUUUUGCAAGCUCAAUGGCCUGUUCAUACGCCCUCCUACCCACAGAUGAACUCCAGGGGAGUAUAUACUCACUUUAAGCUGAAAAAAGUAAUGAGUCUUAUUAUACCGAUAUUUCAGAGUUGCUACAAAAAUACAGAGUUUUUGCAGCAUAUUGAUGUGGUUCAGAAAGAGCUAUCCAACAUGAACCUGGGUCCGAAAGAGACCCGCUCACAAUACACCUUUGAUUCGCAUAAAAAAAUCAGAGCUCCUUCAUAUUCUAAGGUAACCUUAGAAGGAAUAUUUUCGAGAAUACCACCCGAUGUUACCGGUAUCCCAGCCCAUAUCAAUGCGCAACCUGUAAUUUCUCAAGGCGAAAACGAGCUGAAGUCGCUAUUAUUGGAGCUUGAAGCGGCACAUUCCAAUCAGUUCGAGAAAGAGUAUGCUAAUAACAUGCUAAACAGUUAUGAAGCUCUCUACAAGAAAAGUGCCGCAGUGUUUUCAGGGUUACCUUCAAAGGAAACAUUAUUGAAACAUCGACUGCAGUCCGAAAAUCGUAUGCAGUCGAUAUUCCAAAUUAUCGAGAAAGCAUUGGGGCCUGUAUCAGCAAUUCAAAAUAUGAUGGGUAUGACAGGUCUUUGGCCAAACAUAUCGCCCAUAUCAUUGCUUCAACGGUUAGCGAGCAAUGCUUCAGUAGAUUUGAGUCCUGGAUGGAGGCAAGUGCUCAUAGAAUAUGGCGAAGCAGUUACUAUGUUUCAACGUGCUGAACGUCUUCUCGAUUAUUCUGAGAGCGGAGGUGAUGAUUUCGCGAGAGAGUCAGAAAAUCCUGGUGGCCAAGGACGAAGUCAAGUUGCUUACUCAGAUUGGCUUCUCAUAUCCAUUGAUAACAACCUCCUAGUGCGCCCUGUCCAGGCGCAAAUUGCGCUAGAAAUGAUAGCACCUUCUUCGGGGAAAAACCAGACUCUGCAGUUGAAUAUGGGUGAAGGAAAAUCUUCGGUGAUUGUGCCUAUUGUUUCUGCAGCCUUAGCGGAUGGUAAGAAACUUGUUCGGGUCGUUGUUUUGAAACCAUUAUCUGGACAAAUGUUCCGUUUACUCGUACAAAAAUUGAGCGGGCUAGCAAACAGACGAAUAUUCUAUAUGCCCUUCUCUCGGCAAGUAAAAUUGGGUGAGGAGGCCGUCAGAAAUAUCCAGGAUUUGUAUCAAGAGUGCAUGGAGGUUGGAGGGAUUCUUCUGGUUCAACCAGAGCACCUGUUAUCCUUUAAACUUAUGGGACUUGACCUCCUGUUCAUGCCUCAAGGAGAAAAAGUUGUUGCCUCGGCGUUGAUUCGAUGCCAACGCUGGCUUGAGAGGAACUCGCGGGACAUUCUUGACGAAAGCGAUGAGAUACUGCACACAAAGCAUGAGCUCAUAUACACUGUCGGGGCUAGUACCUCAGUCGAACUUUCUCCAAAUCGUUGGACCAUUGUGCAGGAGAUCUUUGGUCGAAUACAGGUGCAUACAAAGGCCAUGGAAGGUGUAGAAGUAAAGGGCAUUCCCCAAAGUUUUCCGGGAAGUUUUCCGACAACUCGUAUUUUGGAGCCAAAAUCCGGUGACGAAUUAAUGUCACGAAUCACAGAAGACGUCUUCGCUGGUCGUCUCAAAACGGUUUCCUUUAGACUAUUUCCCGAUUACAUCCGCGAAUUAGCGAUUCAAUUUGUUACAAAACAGGGUAUUACGGAGGCUGAAAGCGAGCCUCUAUUCAAGGAUAUGGACGACAUAUCAAGACUUACCUUGCUGUUAUUGAGAGGCCUAAUAGCCGGUGAGAUUCUAUGCAAUGCGUUAGGGAAAAAACGAUGGCGAGUAGAGUAUGGUUUGGAUUUAAGCCGUUCGAUGUUAGCUGUCCCAUAUCGGGCCAAGGAUUGCCCAGCGCAAAGGGCAGAGUACAGCCAUCCAGACGUUGCAAUUACUCUGACCUGUCUGAGUUACUAUUACGCUGGCCUGACGGAAACGCAGCUAGAACAUUGCUUUGCGACCCUUCUAAAAUCGGACAACCCAGGAAUGGAGUACGCAAUUUGGGUAGAGAAGGAUAACACUUUACCUACUAUAUUCCGAGAAUUAAGUGGUAUCAACUUGGUUGAUAAAGAACAGUGCACGAACAUUAUAUUCCCUCGCUUUCGGCACAAUAAAACAGCCAUUGACUUUUACCUAGCUUGGGUGGUAUUCCCUACAGAAGUAAGGGAAUUUCCACAUAAAUUGUCUUCAUCAGGUUGGGAUAUUGCAGAAACAAAAAAGCAUCCAACCACUGGCUUUAGUGGAACAAACGAUAACCGACAUCUUCUCCCGUUAUCGAUCAAGCAGCACGAAUCUGAGGGGCAAUUGAAUACAAAUGCGAAAGUACUCAGUUAUCUAUUGCAACCGGAAAAUAGUUACUUAUGUGCCAAGGGUGAAAAUGAACAACGUCUUGAUGUUGAUAGUUUACUGGAUAAAUUGGUUCAACAGGAUCCGCAGAUACGGGUGCUCCUUGAUGUAGGGGCUCAAGUGUUGGAAAAGCGAAACUUUGAAGUAGCAAGGGAUUGGCUCAGUCGUGUACCAGAGUCCAAGGCUUCCGUUUAUUUUAAUGAAGAAGAUGAGCUUACUGUCAUUACUCGUGACGGACACCCGGAGCCGUUGAUGAUUUCCGCAUUUGCUAAACAGAUGGAUGAGUGUCUUGUGUACCUUGACGAGGUACACACACGAGGUACAGACCUAAAGCUACCAAAGGAGACCAGAGCGGCAGUCACCUUGGGCCCAAAUCUGACAAAAGACAGACUUGUACAAGCGUGUAUGAGGAUGCGGAAGCUUGGUCAAGGCCAGUCAGUAAUCUUUUGCGCGCCCCCAGAGAUUCACCAGAAGAUCCUUGUAACCGCACGAAAAAGCUCAGUGGAUUCUGUUAGCGUCUCAGACGUAUUGCGGUGGUCAAUGCAUGAAACCUUUAUCAGUACCAAGAAUACUGUGCAGACAUGGGCAAGACAAGGGAUCAGUUAUCAAAACCGGAAUGUGGCCUGGAAGCUGCACAGGGAUGUCAAGCAAAUGGAAUCCAUAAUGGUGGAACCAGACGCACAAUCCCUGGAAGAGCGAUUUGGACCGCUAAAAUCGGGCAAAGAACAAUUCCAUACAGGAACUAUUCCGAAAGAGUGUCAUUACGAAAUCUCUUUGAUCGAAGAAAACUGUAAGAAGUUUUCCAUCACGUCUCUAAGGGGAUCUGAGGUGCACGAAGAACAAGAAAGAGAGCUGGAGAUUGAAGUUGAACGUGAGCAACAAAGGGAAUUGCCUAGUCCCGUAGCCGCAAGACGUCAUACUAUCCACCCAGACAUCAAAAAAUUUGUCCAGACAGGUACGCUUUCUGAAGAAUCUACAGCUGUUGUCCCGGCCUUCGAUCUUUUCCAGGAGUCGCGAUCGGAAUUUCAAGAAGAUGCUUGGAGCAAAAGACUAUUAAUCACCAGGGAUUUUGCAACAACCACAAACGGAUCGCGAUUUUCGUAUAUGAAUGCUUUCCUGCCUCCAGUAAAUUGGCUGGUAUCAAGCUUCGCUGAAAACACAUAUCUAGUGAUAAUGAGCUCAUACGAGAUUAACGCGCUGCUUCCCAUCAUAAUCUCCCACGAUGCCGUGAGGCUUCACAUGUAUGCACCAAAGGUCACCAAAUAUAUGCGUACAUUUGAAGAUUUAAAGUUUUGCACUAUACCUUCAAUUGAAUCAGUUCCAGACGCUGGGUGGAGCGCCCCGAAGGCUUUGGUGGAUCAGCUCAACAUUUUUUCUGGACAACUAUUUCUACAAGAUUAUGAGACUUACGAGCGAUUGGGUGAUUUUCUUGGCUUGUGCUUGAAAGAUCAUGUGUCUCAUGUGGAGGGAGGUGUCCCGGGGACUGAUGGUUUCGUGGGAAGUGACAAAACCCGUAUUGCGCUGGGAAUGAAACCUACUCUUUUCACCAAGAGCCCUGUCCCUUUCCUGAGGAAAUUGAUGAAUUGCCGACGAAAGGGGCAGAACUUUGCAGCCACACAUAUGGGCCAGGUUCUACACGGAAAGAUUCUAACAGAGAAAGAUAUAAAGUACGAACACCCAACCGAAGAGCUUGCUCAGGGGGCGGAGGCGAUGGUAAUGGAAAGGCAGAGAGUUGGAGAAAGGAUGGAUGAAAAGCUUGAUCGGGGUAAAGAGGAGGGCGAGAGCCAAUUUGAUGAGGACGAGGUAGAUGAUGACGAGGAGGUAGACGAGGAGGAAGACGACGAGGAGGAGGAGGAGUAA